CCUAGUGGACGCAAUAAGCCACUGUAUGUUCGUUGGCUGCUGUUCAACUCGAACCGUCGCCAAAAACUUAUUCUUAUUUGUAGUAACGGAAUAUCAUCUAUUACUCUUCUGCCUUGGACACUAUAUGUCUUUUUACAGUAUUAGAAGAAGAAUUACUCCAGUAAAGGACGAGCAAAGACAAACCUUGAUUGUUUAUUGGAGCACAUUCGACUGUCAACUAGCUGCCAAGCUUAGCAUCAAAGAAACGCACUGCAAGGCCAGUACUGUAGUACUUAUUAGUACUUUUCUUCCGAUGUUAGAAAGCUUGUCCAAGUCUCGUUCUCAUGAGUUGGGUGUCUCCUGACACUCCCUGUUCAGAAUGAGGCUUCACUACACAUCUUAUUUGUUUGCUUUUGUCUUCAUAUUACUGUUGGAAUUCAAUCAUCCACUCCAUUGCAAGUUGUAUCGAAUCAGAUAUUUGCAUAUAUGCAACCUGAGGACCAAUGGGCUCCCAUAAUAAUAAUAAUAACAAUAAUAAUAAUAAUAAUACCUUACGUUACCUUAUGUUACCUUACGUUACCUUAGGUUAUCUUAUAAUACCUUAUGUUACCUUGCGUUACCUUAUGUUACCUUGUUACCGUAAGUUACUUUACGUUACCUUAUGUACAUUACCUUAUGUUACCUUACGUUACCUUGCAUUACCUUACAUUACCUUAUGUUACCUUAGGUUAUCUAGGUUACUUUACAUUACCUUAUGUUAUAUUACAUUACCUUAUGUUACCUUAGGUUAUCUUAGGUUACCUUAUGUUACCUUACAUUACCUUAUGUUACUUUACGUUACCUGACGUACGUUACCUUAUGUUACCUUACGCUACCUUGCGUUACCUUACGUUACCCUAAGUUACUUUACGUUACCUUACAUAGGUUACCUUAUGUUACCUUAUGUUACCUUACGUUACCUUAUGUUACCUUGUUACCUUAAGUUACUUUACAUUACCUUAUGUUACCUUAUGUUACCUUGUUACCUUAAGUUACUUUACAUUACCUUACGUAGGUUACCUUAUGUUACCUUACGUACGUUACCUUAUGUUACCUUACGCUACCUUGCGUUACCUUACGUUACCUUGUUACCUUAAGUUACUUUAUGUUACCUUACGUAGGUUAACUUAUGUUACCUUAUGUUACCUUGCGUUACCUUGUUACCUUAAGUUACUUUACGUUACCUUACGCAGGUUAACUUAUGUUACCUUGCGUUACCUUACGUUACCUUAUGUUACCUUGUUACCUUAAGUUACUUUACAUUACCUUACGUAGGUUACCUUAUGUUACCUUAUGUUACCUUAUGUUACCUUACGUUACCUUGGGUUACCUUACGUUACCUUAGGUUAUUUUAGGUUACCUUACAUUACCUUAUGUUACUUUACGUUAACUUACAUUACCUUAUGUUACCUUAGGUUAUCUUAGGUUACCUUGGGUUACCUUAUGUUACCUUAUGUUACCUUAAAGGCAGAGGAGGCGGAGGAGGCCAAUAAGGCCUGGACUGCUGCGGAAAGUUUGUUUUUGAUCCAAACUAAAUUUCAAGGCUGAAUGAACGAAAAACUGGCAAUACGGAAUACGGAGUUAUUCCAACAAGUGAAAGAAAAACUCGGGGAAGUCGGUAUCACGUGAUGUUGGUGUUUACGCCUCACUGAGCAUGCUCCAUUCAUUAAUCUGUUUGAUUAUAGCAGCGUAUGUAGACCAGAGAUUGGAAUAUUCCUUUCCAUGUAUACCAUUGUUUUUGCAAAGAGGAAAAACUUCCUCAUGUAAACGUGACGUGCACUUCUAUUUCCAUUUGAUGAAAACGUACUCCAAGACGGGACCUUUUCUACUCCGGGCCUUAGCAAAUAGCCAAACAACACGAUAGAUACUCACAGGGAUGGUGAUGCCCCCGCUUUAUUCCAUUUAAUGUGAAUGUGAUUGUAGUGGGAUCAUUUCCAGGAAGCCAGACAGGCGGCGAGGCGGCGAGGGGGCGAGGGGGGCGAGGGCCACCAUUCAUCCCCGUCCUCUUCUGCAUAAACACCUCCUCAUUUCACUCCUACUUUGAUAGUCAUUAGCAGCAAUCAGCAAUUAGCCUGCAACAUAGGCUGCUAUGACUAAAUACAAUUAGUUAUGAAUAAACUCAUUUAUGUUAAUGCUUGCUAGGUUAUAACGAUGAAGAGGAGCGUCAUUAGUGUCUAUAUGCCACGUGCAUAUGUAAAAUAGCCUCUCAUGAAGCCUCUUGUGAGCUAUAUAUUACAUAUUUAUGUGUCUGCCCUUUAUUUUAUUCACGCAAUAUAGAUCUAGUGCAAGCAGAGUGGUUCGGCGUGACGAAUACGAGCAUCAACGCGGCCCUCAAGGUCAGACAGUUAUCUCCAUGUGCAAUUUGCGUGCCCACGUGAGGAGACUAACAACAACAACAACGCCAUUAUACAAAAACACUUUCGGCCAUGUUAGCGUCACUUGCGAUAUUAACAAGGCGCUGGCCUUUAUGCGGUACUGGAUUAUUAUUUCAAUAUUACUAUCACAUUAUUAACUGGAAUGGGGCGGCCAGCAAGCCGCAGAAGAAGAAGAAGAGUCCCGCAGAAGGUGUGCUAUUACAAAGUAACGCAGGUAAAUAUGGCAAAAACAAAAGACCACCGGGAAUUGUUCAAUACAAAACACUUUUUAUUUUACAAACAAGUGAUUUAAAUACAUUGAUUUUAUGAUAUGAUUCUCAUAAGAAGACUAGACACAAUUAAAACUAUAAAGACAACUUAGCUAAAUAAAACAAAACCCAAUACACAUACACAUAUUAGCCUUGGCUAAUUAAUGCAGCUGCGUACCAUGGAUGCUAAUGGUGCAUUUGUGGGAUUGCCGCCCGUAGGACUUUUGCCUUUUAAAAAGUCACCGAAAACAAUAAACAAAAUAUAAUAAACAAAUAAACAAUAAAGCAAAGCCACACCAUUACAACUGUAUUACUUAGGAACUACGCCUAAUCUGUCGUAUGACUUAAAAAGGUUCUCUAUGCGUCAGGAAAACUUACGUUGACUGCUUUCCUGGCGAGAGGCCGUGACGUCAUGACCCACGUCGACGUCACGAAGCAGAAAGUGAAGCGGAAACCUGAGCUCAAGCUAGCUGAUUCAGUUUAUUCGAGAUAUUGUGACCGUCCGCUGAUGGGAGUUCUUAUUAAUAUUUUUUUUAAUCAUUUAGAUUGAAGUCAUAAUUAGCUCACGGAGGUUUCGUCAUGAAAAGGACUUCCAUUACGUGAUGCCGCCACGCAUUCAAAAUGUCGACUAGUUCUCUUUGUGACUACUUUUUCAAACGAUUCGACGGUAAUUACUUUUAACAAGAAGUUUUAAGAUCAAAUAACGAGAAGAUUAAAUAACAUUUUAACAAGAAGCUGGGAGUAUCCGCCCGCGCGGCACGCCCCCUUACAAACGCGAACACCAUAAUUACUGUAUGACGUUGCGUUUGAGGCGACCGGGGAGUCGUAAAUAUCAUGUGCAGCUUAAAACGUUAUAGCAUAGCAUUGUGAAUAUUGAUUGCCUGUGUUUGUAAUCUCUUAUGAUCAAUGAAAUAUAAUACAAAUACAAUGUGAAGCUCUCCAAAAAGAUGAGGCCCUAACGAAGAUGCGUUAGGGUAGCGCGGCCCAGUGCAUGUUUACCUUCUUCAUCCUCAUCAUCCUCUCCACCGAGACUUGGAGCUUCGAGCCUCAAGUAGACAAGCAGGAUGUGUUUGCAGGAAAAGCCUGUCCCGCCUUCCUGACCUUCUUCAACAUGGCCUACAUGGCUGGGGCCACGGUGGAGCUGCCCUGCCACUGCAAACCCCACGAGGUUCAGUCCGUGGUAUGGUUCUUCAGGAAGCACGGGUCCAACUCUGAGGAGACCAGAGCCCUGACCGAUCACCAUGGCAACAAGCUGCUGGACUCCAGCCGAAUCCCCCACGGCGGCGACCUGCGGAGUCGCUUCUUCAUCCGUCUCUUCAGCCUGCUGAUCUUCCGAGCCGGCGUGGACGACUCGGGCAUCUACAUCUGCGGCUCGGCUCGUGGCGACUACUUCUACGCCUACGACCUCGACAUCCAGGAGGUGCAGGAUCUGGGGUUCGCUCCUGAAAGUAAGACGGUCCGCAUGUCAGACGGACGAGGACCAAGAACCGGUCAGCUGCUCUACCGAGUCUUCACCGCCUUCCGUCCGUGGUCGCGCUGCGACCGCUGCGGCGUGCCCGGCGAGCAGGUCCGCGUGGGACUCUGCUACGUCCACUCCCGCUUCCUGCACGUGCGCUACCGGCAAGCCAACGCCACUGUGGCGUCCUGCGGGUCGGGGGCGGUACCUGAGGCUUUCGGGCGUCUGAAGCGUAGAAGACACGGAGCCAGAUUGGAGGUCCGGAGCUGCCAUGUGACUUGUCCACGUGAAGAAACUCCUCCAUUUUCCGAGUCGGGCAAGUUCAUGGUGUUUUCGGGGGGCAGUACUACACAGACCGAGAUGCAGGUCUCCUACCUGAACCACCCGGCUGACCACAUUCUGACCCUCGGCUGUCCUGACGCCAAGCCGGGCAUGGCGGUGGCGUGGGACAGAGGAUCCGAGCCGGUUUACCGGUUGCAGAGCUCCACUAAUUCAAGAAUUCACAUCGACGCUGGACAUCAUCUGGUCUUCACGCCUGCCACGUAUCAGGACUCGGCCGUCUACCACUGCUGGCUUCAGGGGCGCCGGGUGGCUGAGAUACACCUGCUGGUCUACGCCACUUUGGGGAGGAGCCAGUCCAUCACGUCCAAUGCCGACUUUUGGGCCGCCAUGAGGCUGGUUUUCCGAUGCUACGCCAUCAUGACGGCUGUGUUCUGCCUGCUGCUCAUCGUCAGAGUGGGCGUGAGACUGCGGCGGGACCGGCACACGGACUGAACUCAGGAGGUCCGAUGCGUACCGCACUGCAGACAGCGUCCAUAAACGUCUUUUUUUCGUCCUUUUUUUUCGUUUUUUGACAGAUAAAACGUGCGUCAAGCAUGCCAAAGACAGGAAGCCUUUUUGCCUUCACCGUGAGGAGGUUGUGACAGUCGGACUGAUCUCUUGCUGCUGUUUUCUGUUUCUAUGUCAAGAUAUAUUUGCUUUAUUUAUGCUAACUC